UACAGAAUUCACUGGCGCGAUACAUUCUUCAUGAAAAAACAAAGUGUCAGUUACCGAGGGCAAUAGAGAAACGACGAUGUCGGUGGAGGCUGAGUCGAUACCAUCCGCGGAAUCACAAAAUCAAGUCUGGUGCUCAAAGAUGUUGGAGUACCUUAAGCGUAACCGCAACCAGGUGAAUCCGGAGCCGGUCGAGCUACCUGAUUGCGAUUUUUUCAAUGUCGGACCUCGUCGCGUAUUGCGAGUUUUACGUCCCGAGCUGAAGAGUGGACGCUUUUACGAGUUUCAGCCGUUGAACAAUAGAACAGAGUCGCUUAAUGAUAAUUUUUAUUUACGUUGGGCCAAGAGACCACAUCCGUCUGGAAACUGUCGAUGUUCCUUCAGGCAAUCGACCAACAGCAAUAGAUUGAGCAGCUACGAGGAGAAACUCAUAUCUCAGGAGAUUCAGAGGAUCAGGACGAGUCUGUGCGAGGCCGAGAAAAGCGGUAAGGAUAUCGAAGAGUUGGAAAAGAGUCUCGUUCUCGAUUUAGCCCAGCUUCAACUUCCUUUGACUGAUAAGGAUGAGGCGAAUCACGGUAGCUUUGAGAAUCAAUCGCAGAUCUCGUCGGAUAAAUGUGCGACGGUGAUGAAGGCAGAGCCUCUGGAAGAAUACGUGAAAAGGAAAAUUGUGAGGGAUUUGGAUAGGUACAUCAGUAAUUUAUUGGAUGAGAUUUUGAACGAUACCAUUCGGGCGAUUGCACAAGCUGAUAAUCCUUUUGAUCCGAAGAGGAGGCAAAUGAUAGCGACGAGAAAGGAAACCUCGACCUUCGAGGUGAAUUUUGCUUUAGACAAUAGUAAUGUGAGAGAUAAAAUCACCGAGGCUAACACAAAGGAUCAUAUUCAGCUCGAUUCGAACGAAGAAAACAAUGGCUAUAUAAAUCGGGGAUUUAUUGGUUCAGCGAGUGAUCCAGAUGCUUUGGAUUUUCAUCUCAGGCAGAGGCUGAACGCUGAUGUUAUUUUAGAGAAUGCCGAUUGCACGGAUUCGGGUAUCAAUAGCGUUGAAACUAUUGAAUUACAGCUCGAGCAAGAGCAGAAUUUGGAACAAUCGUUACUUGACAUAAUCGAUGCGAAACUCGGUGGUGCAUCCAUUGGCAAAUCAUUAGAGGAUCUUGGUAUGGAAAUCGACAGAACUAACGAUGCGAGAAUCGCAAAAGCAAGGAAGACGGGUGGCUCGGAACUGCCGCCAAAUGACAUAUCCGAACGUGUCGAUCGAGUAUCACCGGAAAUUACGAAAAUCACGGCUAAAGAAAAAAUGGUGACAAUAAAGAAUACAGCGAAUCCAACAAUGCCAACGCCACGAUCUUCAAAGCCUUUUGAUGACUUGAUAGAUGAAUCGACCUUCAACGGCUUAAGGCUCGAGUUCCAUAGGGACGUGAGCACUUCGAAUGGGAACGAAGAAAAACGAUCAUCCAACGUAACAUCUAAAGUCAACAAGACGAUCAGCAGCAGCAAAAGCAGCAAUACCAGUGAUAAUAACAGCAACAUCAGCACCGUUAAAGCCUCAUCAAAAGCGUCGCCGAGGGCUACGCUCGAGCUCGAGGAUUACCGAAGACGCUUCCCUAUCCCCGAGACAAAUCGCCAGCGCCACCCCAAGUGUGACGAUGAAGUAACUCUGCGUAAUCGCCACUAUAAGCCGAUGAUCGUCUUCCUCCAUGGAUUCGGCUCAUCGGCCGAGGCCUUCGAGCACCAGCUGCGUUACUUUGCAAAUCUCGGCUAUCCGUGCAUCGCGCCGGAUUUGCUCGGGCACGGCUUGAGCUCGGCACCGAGCCGCCCGAGGGAUUAUCAUUUCGACAAAUUGCUCAAGGAUCUCGAGGCCGUGUUGCUACAUUACGCGUUCAAGCCCGGCCAGAAGUGCGUACUCGUAGCACACAAUUACGGGUGCAGUUUUGCGACGGCGCUGGCUUGCAAGUACACGAGCAGCGUCCAUCAGCUGGUUCUCAUAUCGGGGGGAGGUCCGACGCCCCUAGCGCCCCCCCUCACGGAGGGCCCCGGACACUGCUGCCUGAGGGCGAGUCUCGCGCCAUUCCUCGUUUGCGGUAUGCAGCGGACGAUUCUCUACUCGGCUAGGGGUCGGCAGCAUCCUUACUGCGGCUCGGAGCUGCUAGACGAGCAGUGGCCCUCCCACAUGCGCCACGUCCAAAAGGGCAUGUCGUGGCCCGAGGGCGACUACGUAUACCACCGGAGGAUCAGCACGCCCUCGCUCCUUGUGCACGGGCUCAGGGACGAUAAGGUCUCGCUCGUGCAGGAGUGCCAGAUGGAGCGGACGAUGAUUAAAGCUUUUUUGGAAGCAAUCCCGACUGCAGGUCACAUGCCGAUGACCGAUUGCCCGGAGCAAUUAAAUCACAUGAUUCAUUGCUUCAUCGACUUAUGGAAAAACAAGAAAUGGUGAACAUUGUUUGAAUAUUUCGCUCCAUGCGCAAUAACUGGAAAUCAGCAAUCUGUCUCGUACUGGCUCCCCUUCAACGA